CAUGCUACUACCACUAACAAAUAUGGUAUCAAGUUUUCGGGUCUCUGAACUACAAGUGCUGUUGGGCUUUGCUGGACGUAAUAAAAGUGGACGCAAACAUGACCUCCUGAUGAGGGCAUUGCACUUGCUGAAGAGUGGCUGCAGCCCAGCAGUUCAGAUAAAGAUCCGAGAACUCUACAGGCGCCGAUAUCCCAGGACAAUAGAAGGUCUUUCUGACUUGUCUACUGUAAAACCUUCUGUCUUCACUUUGGACAGCAGCUCAUCUCCAGUAGAACCUGAUUUAGCGGCUGCUGGCCUGCAUCCGUUACCGUCUACUUCAGUUGCUCCUCAAUCCCCUUCCUCGCCUCUUAGUUCAGUGCUACUUCAGGACACAAAGCCUCGCUUUGAGAUGCAGCAGCCGUCACCUCCAGUUCCACCUGUGCAUCCUGAUGUUCAGCUGAAGAGCCUCCCAUUCUAUGAUGUGCUUGAUGUUCUCAUCAAACCUACAAGCUUAGUACAGAGCAGCAUUCAGAGGUUCCAAGAAAAGUUCUUUAUCUUUGCUUUAACACCUCAACAAGUCAGAGAAAUCUGCAUUUCCCGGGACUUUUUGCCAGGAGGCAGAAGGGAUUACACUGUGCAAGUUCAGCUAAGGUUAUGCCUGGCAGAAACCAGCUGCCCUCAAGAAGAUAACUACCCUAGUAGCUUGUGCAUAAAAGUAAAUGGGAAGCUCUUUCCAUUGCCAGGAUAUGCUCCACCACCCAAAAAUGGGAUUGAGCAAAAGAGACCUGGGCGCCCCUUGAAUAUUACAUCUUUAGUCAGGUUGUCCUCUGCAGUGCCAAAUCAGAUUUCUAUUUCCUGGGCAUCUGAAAUUGGAAAGAAUUACUCAAUGUCUGUGUAUCUUGUACGUCAACUCACUUCAGCCAUGCUGCUGCAGAGGCUAAAAAUGAAAGGUAUUCGAAACCCUGAUCAUUCCCGAGCAUUAAUUAAAGAAAAACUGACAGCUGACCCAGAUAGCGAAAUUGCCACUACCAGUCUGCGAGUAUCACUAAUGUGUCCUCUGGGGAAAAUGAGGUUGACAAUUCCCUGCCGUGCUGUUACUUGUACCCACCUGCAGUGUUUUGAUGCUGCUCUCUAUCUACAAAUGAAUGAAAAGAAACCCACCUGGAUAUGCCCUGUGUGUGACAAGAAAGCGGCAUAUGAGAGUCUCAUCUUAGAUGGACUCUUUAUGGAAAUUCUAAAUGAAUGUUCAGAUGUAGAUGAGAUCAAAUUCCAGGAGGAUGGUUCCUGGUGCCCUAUGAGGCCGAAGAAGGAGGCUCUGAAAGUUGUUAGCCCGCAGUGUACCAAGAUAGAAAGUUCCAGCAUGGUCAGCAAGCCAUGCUCCAUGCCCAUCAGUGAGGUCAGCAAGAAGAAAGUUGAUGUCAUUGACCUCACUGUUGAGAGCUCGUCUGAUGAAGAGGAAGAUCCGUCUCCCAAAAGGAAGUGCAUAUAUAUGUCUGACACACAAGCAAGUCCCACCAAAGGGGUGCUCAUGUAUCAGCCAUCUACUGUACGAGUGCCUGGAGUGAGCACAGUGGAUCCUACUGCUAUUCCGCCAUCAUUAACUGACUACCCUGUACCAUUCCAUCACCCACCAAUAUCAAGUAUUUCAUCAGAUUUGCCUGGUUUGGAUUUUCUUUCUUUAAUCCCAGUGGAUCCACAGUCUCCCUUCCUUAUCUGCAUCAUUGUUUGUUUCAAGCAGUACUGUCCUCCUAUGUUUUUGGAUAGUCUCACCUCAACGUUGCCAACAAGCACCACCCCCAGCAACAUCAUCACCUCCACCAGCCACCACGAGAGCAGCACUCGCGUUAGCUCCUCCGGCCGGAGCGAGACGGCAGUUAUCACCAGCAGCGGGAGCAACAUUCCAGACAUCAUCUCUUUAGACUGAAAGCUGGCAAAACUCUGCCCAUCUGGAACUGCACAGGGCUCUCUAUUCAUAUGCCUAAAUCCCUGGACCUUCAGUACCUUGGACUUUAUUUUGAGUAUUUAUUGAAGGGAGGGGUAAAUCCACUUUGGAUUCUUUUACCCUCUGUACAUGGACCGAGACUACUACAAGGGGUAGGUGGGGACUUGACUGGAAGGAUUCUGUUUUUGUUGUCUUGGGUUUUUUCCUUCUCUGCUUGGGGAGAAUAUAAUCUGUUUGAGAACAUCAGCCCUUCAAGCUUGUUCUGAAGAAACUGACAUGGUUUUACUAUGUGGAUUCCAGCCUGGAUUCAAUAUGUGAACUUUAAUUUUUUUGUUACAUUUAGCAAUAAUGUAAACAGUUUUUUUUAAAAAAAAAAUUAAAAAGCACUUACUUUUCAGAGAAUGACAAGGAGCUUAUGUUUAUUCCAGAUGUAAGGACAAGAGGGAGUUGGCGUUUGAAUUCUUACCAUUUUGCCAAGGCCUGGAAUAAAUCUUCAGUGGAGGAUGAACUUUUGUGAAAUAAUAGUUGCAUAAACUGUUUGCCUCUUCCCUUCCUCUCCAGUCAUGUCACCAUCCCCUUUCCAAAUCUGGAUGGAUAUAUACAUACAUAUAUCCUAUUUGGAAGCUCAUGCUGCUGCGAGACUAUUCAGUUAACUAAAAAAAAAACCCACAAAAAAGUGGGGAGAAAGAAUGCUAUGCAAAAUUUGCUUUAUGCAUCUAAUUCACGUUCACAAAACUAUGAAUGCAAAGCCCAACAAUUCACUUCCAGCUUUGUCAAUUCUUGGAUGAAGGAAACGGGCAAAGAAAAGAAAUUCUGCUUCUCCAAGUCCUGCAAAACGGCCAGUGCUUCAGAUUUGAGUGUGGUGUUAAGCACCUGCCGUGUUAACUUGUUAUGCCACAUUUUGUUAUCCACACCAGGAUUUGUACCUAUCAUGAGGUAGAAACUUUUUACAGCUGUACAAUCCACAUUACUUAAGCCAAGCUGCUGCUAGGAAGAUUGAUCCUCAUUCCCUUUAUAAUAGUUAUAAGAAUGAUAUACUUGACUGCAUAGAUGACAUAGCAUUUCGCACUAGGGUCUUGUCAAAUCCCUACUUUGGAAAAAUAAUAAUAAAUGUUCCCGUUUGAAGAGA